AUGCCUUCACAGACCCUCCCGACCCUGACGCGGGUUGAAGUCGAGUCGCAUAACACUGAAAAGUCCUGCUAUGUCACUAUUGGCCAAAAUGUGUACGAUGUCACCGACUUCCUCGAGGGCCACCCGGGCGGCCCGGAGCUGAUCCUCGAGUACGCCGGCAAGGACGUCGACGCCAUUCUGAAGGACGAGGUCUCGCACACGCACUCCGACUCGGCCUACGAGAUCCUCGAGGAGUCCCUGGUCGGCUUCGUCGUCAACGACAAGAUUGCUCCCAACCACGAUGUGCAGAAGAAGAUCGCCGACAAGCAGAUCAACGAGGAGGUCAGCCCUGUCGUCCACCCCCGUACCGGCAUGAGCUGCGAGGAGGACUUGAGCAAGGAGACGGACUACUCCACGGAUUACAAGAAGCACAAGUUCAUCGACCUGAACAAGCCCAUGCUCAUGCAGGUGUGGAAUUCGGGUUUCAGCAAGGAGUUCUACCUGGACCAGGUUCACCGACCCCGGCAUUAUAAGGGUGGCAAGAGCGCGCCGCUGUUCGGAAACUUCUUGGAGCCCCUCAGCUUGACCCCCUGGUGGGUGAUCCCGACUCUGUGGUUGCCUCAAGUUAUCUACGGAGUCUACAUCUCCAGAGAGGGGGUCAGCGGCGGAUGGCCUCAGGUUGCCGCGCUCUUUGGACUUGGACUGUUCAUCUGGUCGCUGCUGGAGUAUAUUCUUCAUCGCUUCCUCUUCCACCUUGACUACUACCUGCCCGACAACCGCGUUGGCAUUACGUUGCACUUCCUGCUCCAUGGCGUCCACCACUACCUGCCCAUGGACAAGUAUCGACUUGUGAUGCCUCCGACACUCUUCAUUGUGUUGGCCACUCCUUUCUGGAAGUUGGCCCACGCCAUCUUCUACUGGAACUGGCACAUGGGCACGGCCGCCUUCUGCGGAGGCAUCUUCGGCUACAUCUGCUACGACAUGACCCACUACUUCCUCCACCACCAGAACCUCCCGCUCUGGUACAAGGAGCUGAAGAAGUACCAUCUCGCGCACCACUUCCUGGACUACGAGCUGGGUUUCGGCGUGACCAGCAAGUUCUGGGACCGCAUAUUCGGAACCGAGCUGGUGACCGUGGUCAAGACGGCGUGA